CGUACGAAUUUAAUUGCUUUUUGUCUAUUCUGAGAAGAGAUUGUCGGUGAAUAUACUCGGUAGCAUACUCUUAAAACUUCUACACUGUGCAACGCUAGUUGUCGUAAUAUGUUUUAUUGUUCUAUUGGUACAAAAAAAAAAAAAGUGCUGAAGAUGGAAAGCAAGGACAAGCACUGAACUAAGGGUCCAAGCCAUAUUAUCUGCGCCAAUCCAUGGUUUUAAUUCCAGCAAGUUUCCUGCUUUGACAGCUUAAACUGUGUCAAUGAUUGUGCCAGUUGACUAUCACUUCUUCGACCUGCUACCUCUCUGACCUAAUUUUUAUCAUAGGUGGCACUUGCAAAUGAAAACGCUUCAGUCGUGUAUUCAAAGGGCUUGUAAACAAGCGAGACAGUGUAACUCGGGAUUUUGGCCUCUGUAAAGAAUGUGCCAUCCAUUCAGUUGAGCCUGCUCUAGAGAAAACGACGUUGGAUGUUGAACUCAGUUCAGUGUGGCAGAGCUAAAUCUAUGUGGGCUUUUACGACUUCAAAUCACCUAGGCCUCGGAAGACUGUUAAAGAUACGUUAUGUCUGCCACUGUGCUCGUAAAGCCUCUCUCGUUUUGCCUCCUUUCAAUCCUUCAUCCCCUUUGCCCCGCUCCGGGUAACAAACCUGGUUAACCUCCCCGCCUUCCCUUAUUUUUACUGUCUCUCAGUCGAGCGUGGCUUCACGAAGAUUCGGUGGCGCUCUCGUGAAAUCGGUUUCCACGAACUCUACUGGCGUGAAACUUCUGUUCAGGCAAAUAUUGGCCAGUUUUCAAAAGUUUUUUUUUUCCUACGCCUCUGCGUUAUUCCCGCUUUUUUACAAACGCGAAACUGCCCAGCAUUCACUUUUUCGUUCAGUGUAUCUUGACAGUUCACGUAAGCUCAAAAACCCCUGAAGGAGCGCCGAUUAUGAAAACCGGGACGUGCGAUUCGCGGCUCGCUCCAGGCUACUUCCGCUUCCGGCGUGACGCAAGCAGCGAGAGCGGCCGUUUUAUCUCGCCACCACCAGAUGGAAGCACUAUCUACAGCCGCGAAAACGAGCUCCCGGCGUUUCCGCCGUGGUUGGUGGUCGCCGCCUCUCCCCUUCCUCUCGCGUCUUGAUAUCCGGCAGCUCCUCCCCGUCCGAACGUCGGUCGCGCAGGCUUGCUUUGCCCGCCCGUCGAAAUGAACGUAGCAACGGGGCCGCGGCGGCAACGUCGAAGACCGGCUAACGCCAGGAUGGUGGUGUCCAGUGGAUAAAAACGCUCGCUCACUCCGGGUUGCGGAUAUAACCCCGCCGCGUUCCACGGCCGGAUUAUCGAAACCAUGGACGAAGACGUCGACCACGGGCGGUGCCUGGAGCUCGGGAUGCCGGACAUGACGGCGCUCAGCCGCAUCGACGAGGACACCAUCAACAACAACCUCAGGACACGCUACAGGAAGGACAAGAUAUACACUUACACGGGCACCAUCCUGAUCGCCGUCAACCCUUACAAGGAGCUCAGCAUUUAUGACACGGACUGGGUGCUCCGGUACAGCGGCCGAAAGAUCGGCCACUGCGAGCCGCAUGUGUUCGCCAUCGCCGAGUCUGCGUACGACAGCCUGCAGAACAUGACCGCCAACCAGGCGUGCGUCAUCAGCGGGGAGAGCGGUGCCGGAAAGACGGAAACGACAAAGUUCAUACUGCAGUACCUGUGCACCGUCACCACAAACGUGUCCACGUGGAUCGAACAGCAGAUCCUGGAGGCCAACACCAUCCUCGAAGCAUUCGGCAACGCCAAGACGGUCCGCAACGACAACUCGAGCCGGUUCGGCAAGUUCAUCCAGGUGUGCUUCGACGGCCGCUUCCAGAUCAAGGGCUGCAUGAUCCAAGACUACCUGCUGGAGCAGUCGCGCAUCACGUUCCAGUCGAGCGGCGAGCGCAACUACCACAUCUUCUACCAGCUGGUGGCGGCCGCCCGGAGGAGCGCCGAGCUGCGCGACCAGUUCGCCAUCGGCCCCGUCGAGCGGUACACCUACCUCAGCCAGAGCGGCUGCCUCUCGAUCGACGGCGUCGACGACGCCCUGAUGUUCGACUCGCUGAGGCUCGCCAUCUCCGUGCUCAACAUACCGCAGGAAAUGGUGGACGGCAUCUUCAGCGUGCUGAGCGCCAUCCUGUGGCUGGGCAACCUGCAGUUCGCCGACUGCGAGGAGGAGCGCAGCUCGCUCACUCCCGGCGACGAGGAGAUCCUGAUGACGGUGGCCACCCUGCUCGGGUUCCAGCCGGAGGAGCUCACCUACGUCGCGCUGCACCGGCAGAUCAUCGUGCGCGGGAACGUGACCGAGAUACCGCUCAAGUACCACGAGGCCCAACAAAACCGCCACGCCAUGGCCAAGGCGUUGUACUCGAGGACGUUCGCCUGGAUCGUGAACUACAUCAACAUGUGCACCAGCCCAGGAAGAGACAGCAACAGGUUUCUCGGCGUCCUAGACAUCUUUGGCUUCGAGAACUUCGGGGUGAACAGCUUCGAGCAGCUGUGCAUCAACUACACGAACGAAAAGCUCCACAAGUUCUUCAAUCACUACGUCUUCGCCCUGGAGCAAGAAAUGUACCGCCAAGAGGACAUCCAGUAUUCUCACAUCCAUUUCACUGACAACACUGCCUGUCUAGAAUUGAUCGAAAAGCCUCCAAAGUGCAUUCUGAAGCUCCUCGUAGAAGAAUGUCGCAUGCCUAAGGGCACGGACAUCAGCUUCGUGAGCAAGCUCCACCAGGAGCUCGAAGGGCACGCGUACUACGUCCGCGGCGACGACCGUCGGCGCUGGGAGCAGGAGUUCGGCAUCCGCCACUACGCGGGCACCGUCGUCUACACCACGCAGGGCUUCCUCGAGAAGAACAAGGACGCCCAGCAGGACCAGCUGUUCGAGCUCAUGCGCAAGUCCACGAACGCCUUUGUCAAGGACCUCGUCAAGUUCCAGGACCUUCUGGAAGUGACGUUGACGCGGCUGGCGGCCGGAGGCACCACGAUGACCAAGACGAUGAACAAGAGCAAGCCCACCGUCGCUGACGCCUUCCGCUACCAGCUGACGGCGCUCGUUGAACUUCUGCACUCGACUGUUCCAUGGUAUGUCCGUUGUAUCAAGCCGAACACUCAGAAAACGGCAAACAACUACGACGACGAUCAAGUUUUGACACAACUUCGGUACCUUGGCAUGCUGGACAUCAUCCGCAUCAGGCAGCAGGGCUACCCCAUCCACAGCACGAUCGACGACUUCCUCCGGAGGUACCGGUGCCUGGUGAGGCAUAUGGGCACGCUACCGACGGAUCACCUCAAGGCGUGUCGGUUCAUCCUCGAGAAGCUCAACAUGCCCAAGAUGGAGUGGCAGAUCGGAAAGACCAAGGUGUUUCUCAGGACGUCCGUGUUUGACCCACUCGAGGACUCCAGGCGAAAACUCCUUCGCGAGAUGGCCACAGUCGUGCAGAAGAUCUGGCGGGGCUGGCGGCUACGGAGAGCGUUCCUUCAACAAAGAGUCGCGGCCAUCCGCAUCCAACAGCACUUCAGGGGUCACCGCCAGAUGAUCCACUUCCUGCAGAUGCGGCGAGCAGCCAUAACCAUCCAGGCCUACGUGCGGGGCAUGUUCGCCCGCGAGGUGGCGGCGGCGCUUCGCGAGAUGCGUCGAGUCGAGGCCGAGAUACGGCGCCGCGAGGAGCAGGAGCUCGAGCGGCGGCGCAUCGAGGCCGAGCGCGCCGAGGCGCAGCUCGCCGAGGACGAGGCCCAGCUGGCCUCCGCCGAGGACAUGAUGCGCGCCGCCAAGGAAGAGCUGGCGGCCAUCUCCAACCUGGUGGAGAAGAACGUGCUGCGGCGCGGCGGCCCGGACUCGUCCUCGCAGUCCCAGCACCAGCAGUCCGAGUGCGUCGACCUGGACGAGAUGUUCUCGUUCCUCAGCGAGGUGCACGACCCGCACGCGCAGGCGCAGGAGUACGUCAGCGGCAUCACGCAGGAGGUCGACAUCAUACUCCAGGAGGCCGAGGCGCACGAGGCUUGCUCGCUGGCAUCCACCGACCUGUCGGCCUCUACCGGGGACCUGCAGCACCAGGGCGACGUGGCCGUCACUCCCAGCCCCGUCGUGUCCCCCUCGCCCCCUCCUCCGCCCUCGCCCAGUUUCCUCCAGGAGCGCAGACCUGCCAGCCUGCCGCAGUCUCCGAGCACCCCCAGGGAGCUCAACGGUCCCUGCACCAUGGUUCCUCCCGAGGAGCCUCCUGUACGGCUAAGACACCCGAAUAACGAGAGGAGACGAAUGACGAACCACGUGGAUGCCGAUGAUACCGACAGAGAUAUCAGGCGGCGGCAGCGCGUCGAGAAGCAGCUGAUCGCCAUGGAGGAAGCGGCGGCGGACGGCGACGAGGAGCACCACGACAUGAUCGAGUUCGCCGAGAGGCACUUCAACGCCCACCUGCGCGACUUCGGCGGUGGUCCGGUGAUACGGACGCUGUCCCGCCGCCGCAAGUCUUCCGGCGAGAUCCUGCCCAAGUACGAGAUGGUCACCUACAGCCGGAGCAGCGCCAUCCCGACGUCGCACCUGCACAUCUACGACCCGGAGAACGUGGCCAUCGCCUGUUCCAUAUUCAAGGACCUGUGCAAGUACCUCCGUGCCGAUGGGAAACCCGAGGGCGAUGUGCACACAAUCCAGAGCAUAAUCGGCUACGGCAUCGAGCGCGAAGAGCUUCGCGACGAGAUCCUGGUGCAGCUGGUGCGCCAGUCGACCAACAACCCGAGCCACGAGGCCACCGUUCGGGCCUGGUUGCUCAUCGCGCUCAGCGUGGUCUCCUUCAGGCCGUCCAAGGCGUUCUCGAAGUACAUCUAUUCCUACCUGAAGAAAAGCGUUAUGGAGGAUUCUGAAAUCGCUGCCUACGCGCAGUACUGCCUCGAAAACUUAAGCACGGCGAACGCCAUUAAUCGGAAGAUGCCGCCGUCGACUCUGGAGAUAAACGCCGUUCGACUGCGAGAGAACCUGGUGUGCCGCUUUUACUUCAUGGACGGCCGUACCAAGGCCAUCGACAUCCACCCGUCCAUCACGGCCGAGGACGCCAUCAAGACGCUGGCAACCAAGAUCGGACUGCGCUCUCUCGACGGCUGGGCGCUGUACGAGUGCACUCCUGACCACGAACACGUCAUCAAAGGAUUCGAAUACCUCGCCGACAUUAUCUACCAGUGGGAAACGUGUCGGCGCACGUCGGCGACGCUGACCAAGUACACGACCAUCUCGAAGAAGGGGCCGACCAAGGCCCUCGGGGGCGGCGAGUGCCGCUUCGUAUUCCGCAAGCGACUCUUCAAGGCGGUGCGCGAGAUCCCACAGGACCCGGUCGAAGUGAGCCUCCUGUACGCACAGGCGGUGCACGACGUUGUCAAGGCGGACAGCUUCCCUGUGGUGGAGAGAGUAGCUCUACAGCUAGCUGGCCUGCAAGCUCAGGUCUCUGUUGGCGAGCCGUCAGAAAUCGAGGAGCUUGACAGGUAUCGGGACGUGGAAAGCUACAUCGCCGAGCGCAUCAGGGACACGCGUCCCGAGAACGAGUGGAUCCAGGCUCUGUGCACCGCCCAUAGAACGUACGGAAGCGGAAAGUCCGAGCUGGUGUGCAAGGUGUGGUACUUGUCCAUCGUCAUGCAGUACCCGCUGUACGGAACCGCCCUGUUCCCGGUCACCUGCCGGGGCUACCUCACUUACGACCACCAGUUGCUGCUGGGCAUCAGCUGCGAGGGCGUACUGCUGGUGAACGCGGACAGCAAGGCCAUCCUGAACGCGUACCGCUACUCGGACCUCGAGUCCGUGCUGGUCAACGAUGAGGACCGCCUGGUCACCGUCACGCUGUCCAAGAGCGUGCCGGACCUGCACAAGUGCUACCUGUUCGAGACGCCCCAGCACCAGGAGGUGGCGUCGCUGGUGGCCAGCUACUGGCCGCCCCUGGCCGCCCGCAUGAAGCCCUCGUACGAGCUCAACGUCAAGGGCCGCCUGGCUUUCGAAGACCGGGUGAAGCUGCACCAGGAAGUGAUGAACUGCCGGCGCACCCUGGUGGAUAGCGGCCUGCUCAACAAGCCCGAGGUGGCCACGCUUGGACUCUUCAGGAGCACCCUGAGGAGGCUGAACAGGAAUCGACUGGACAAGCUCCGCCAGGAGUACAGCUCGGAAGGCUACAAGUCGUACCAGCAUACCUACUGGGCCUUCAGCAAGACACCCAUCGGGCAGAGCUUCCUGGUCAUGGCCGAAGCACAGGGGGAGAGCACAGCCAUCAAGGUCUUCACCUCCAUACUCAUCUUCUCCGGACUUCUCGAAGAAGAGGACACCGAGUGGCACGGCCAGCGGGAUCUGAUCCAGCUGGCGCAGUCCAUCAUCGAGUGCUGCAUGGCACGCGAAGUACUGCUCAACGAACUCUUCAUACAGCUGAUCAAGCAGACCACUGACCACCCAGACCCCAACAGCCGCGUGAACGUGCGCCACUGGCAGCUGCUGUCGCUGCUGUGCAGCGUGGCAGCGCCGACGGACCGACGCAUUCUGGGAUACCUGCACGCGCAUCUGCGGCACUGCGCCAUGGACGUCGUCACCGAGGAGGGCCAGUUCGCGCAGUUCGCGCUGAAGUGCCUGAUGCGCACCCUGGAGACCCGCGGCCGGCGGUGGCCCCCGUCCCGAGACGAGGUCUCGUGCACCACGCGGCGACACCCCUGCCGAUCCAAGGUGCACUUCCUCGACGGCCAGGUGCAGAACGUCGACUUCGACCCCUGCGUGUCGGCUGGAGAGAUGCUGACCAUGCUCAAAGCGCGCAUCAACCUAAGGCCGACAGCCGAAGGAUAUGCCAUCUACGAGGUCAUCGGACCGACCGAGCGAGCCAUGCUGCCUGAGGAGAAGAUGGCCGACGCAAUGUCCAAGUGGGAACGCUGGGCUCAAAGCCAGCAGGGCACCGCGAAAGCCAACAAGCAACAGUACUUCCUUUUCAAGAAACACCUACUGCUUGACGCCUACAUAGACUUGAGUGAUCCCGUGGAGGAAGAGCUGCUAUUCCAUCAGCUUGUCUACAACAUCCGCCUGGACAGGUUCCCGGUGACGGAACAUGAAGCCGUCACCCUGUGCGCCCUCAAGGCUCAACUGGACUACGGGGACUUCCGAGAGGCAAUUGUUGACUAUAGAAAAGUGAUGGCCCAGUGUCUUCCGAUGCGGCUGCUCAAAAUGAUAUCGGCCGACCACGUGGUGACGCAACACCAGGCUUUGGCCGGCAUGAAUGUGCAGGAGAGCAAACGCGCCUUCCUCGCCUUGCUCCAGUCGUGGCCCCUGCACCGGGCCACCAUCUUCGAGGUCACGCAAUCCUACACAUCGUCCUGGCCCAAGACACUGUGGUUCGCUGUGGACCAGGCAGGCGUGCACUUGCUUGAGCUGCGCACCAGGAAUGUAUUGUGUGCCUGUGAAUACGAGAGCAUCAUAAACUACAGCCCAUCCCUGAACAGUCUCAUGAUUGUCACUGGAGGUGGCAAGAAGGGUGCCAAGUACAUAUUCACUACCAAUCAGGCGUUGCAGAUCGCCGGCCUCAUCAAAGACUACACGAACGUGCUCCAGAUGAAGCGAAAGCCCACGGAGAGAAUGUGGCACACGCCGCAUAUCAGCGCCGAUGCGAGCGCCGCCACCCAGGAAGGGCCGGGCGCUACCAGCCAGCAGGACGCGACUCCGCAGGGGUCGGAGCCGCCACCACCGCCGCCGCCGCCGCCGCCCGUGGCUACCCGGCCAGUCAGCAUCCUCUACAAACCGCCUCCGCCAUUGCUAGUCGGCGAGGAUUUUGUCUAAGCAAUUUCAGAGGCACAAGCAAGCAGUUCGGCGUAUAUACAUAUAUAUGUACUAUUCCGCGCAAAACUGCUCAGUUUCCAACGAAUUCAGUUGGCUACGAUUCCAAAGAGCGGGCGAGACGCCGAUUUCGAUGUCGUUGCGGUGCUGUGUAAAGAAAAAAACCCGGUCAGUCGCCGACUUCGGGUCGUUGGAGGGGGGCUCCGAUUUACGGAAACACCUCAAGCACAAGCCACCGUGGCUGGCUCGCAAAAAUCACGAAUCGAGCAUACCCUGUGGGCUGACCUAUGGGAGUACCUAGGACCUAGGGGGGAUACGACACACCCUGCGAGAUGUGUAAAUAGGGGUAAUCGUGGGGUUAGUCUAGGUAAGAAGCGGGGAAAAAGUGAAAUAGCUUUCUGUCGCUGAGCGAAGAAGCGAAAGAAAGAAAACUCCCAGGACAUAACCGCGAGGGAUUCGAACUACGUACCUAUCUUCUCGUCGGCGGCAACAUGCCUUUCAGUGGAGCCGUAGCAGACGGAAUGCGCAGCAGCUUCUGGCGUGGGAGAAAAUUUGUAAGCGCGCUCCUCUGAGAUCCAGCAGAGGGCUGCAGGUGUCCGCGAUCUGGGAGGUCAUGGCACAGUACAUGAUAUAGACCUGUCAAUGAAAUCUGAUAUGCCAUAUAUACCGCAUGUCCAGUAAUCUCGUUUAACCAACCAUAUGUGUUCAGUAUAUGCCAUCUCAUACGAUCGUACGAGAUCAUUGGUUAUGAGGAUAUGUGGCGUACAGUCAUUUGUCACUACUUUUCUUGCUCUGGCGGCGCUGCAUCCUCUCGUUUCAGUUUGAGUGUGCGUCCAAAUAUGCCGUCGAGGGUUUGGCGCAUGUCUUGACUAAAGGGAAAUCGAUGUUCAAAUUCCACUCGAUCGACUUCAAUGGUUCACGUUGAGAGCUUUGGUUUGACGUGCUGCUGCUGUCCUCAUGCCGAGAUGUUACUGUAGAAUUCUGCAGUGUUUGCGUUUGAGCCAAUCAGAAAGGGCGUAGUUAGAACCCCUUAUGUCCAGUCAGAGCAGGAAAGUAAAAGUCUGCUAACUGGUGGAAUUCGAGUCUUCUGACUACUACUUUUGGUGACGUCAUAGGACAGUAGCGCACGCACAUACUUCGAUGUUUGACUGUUUUCUGCUUACGUCAUGGCCUAGAAACUUGUGGCAGUGAUGAAAUACUAAUACGAUGAAUGUCUUGCUCAUAAAUUUCUUCGAGAAGAGUCGUAUAACGACACUGUGUACACUGGCAAGUAAAUGUUUGGAGACUACAGAAUCGGUAAAACAUUUUUUUCCAAGUAUUACUCUGCAACCUGAAACUCCUGAAAGACAUUACAUAGCUCUAAUACGGAUAUUUAGGCUGUACCAGUUGAUUUUAGUAGAUGUAGCCAGGCUACGAAGCAAAAAUAUUCUUUUCGUGGCACCGUUGGUCUGCAAACGUUUGCUUGCGAGUGCACAUGUUAGUUGCAAACAACUUUCGUUUUAAACACAUCAGAAGAUGACAUCGGAGCUACUACUACUAGCCACGUUUUGGCACUGCACGUAAGGUAACUGUAGCACUUACGUUAGGCUUAAGUUUCGAGUGACAACUGUUUUAUCUCAAGUGAGUCGAGCCCCGAACAGAUACAUUACACGUCCCGUACAGCGCUUGCGCAGUACAGUAAUCGGUCGAUCAUCCUAGCACUGACAUCCAGUUAGAUGUAAGUGCUGGUCCACCCCCACCGUUGCCACCAGUUAUGAGGCGUUGGUUGAUUCCACUGCUGCCAUCCAGUUGUAAAGGGUCUCGACGACCAUCCCCACAGGACGUAUGCGGAGGUCACAACUUCACGAUCGGAACUCCAAGAUAACGAGACUAUACAAAUAUACCUUCUGAAGAAAACGCGUGGCACUGAGUUUCUGUGAUCAGAAAUAAGUCAGCGUUCUUGAUCAUCGUGGGCGAGGGGAAGCUGCUAAGUGUAUCAGCUGCACAGGUGAUCAGAGGUAACGGCGAUUAAUUGCGAGUUAAAUGCGUGCCUCUACUGCGUCUCCAAAAGAAACACCGCUGAAGUCGAGCACCGGAAAGUUACCCUUGUAUACGCAGUCAUUCGAAUAUCAACGAGCAUUUUACUAAAGGUACCGUAGGCGCACGCCACGCCAGCAUGACGUUUCAAAUGGUCGACCUUAUAGAAGGCGCAGAAAACUUUCACUGCCCUACUAAAUGAACUUCCACACGUGAAAAAAAAAUUUACUCUGUUGCACAGCAUCGUCUAAGAUAUUUUACAGUUUAGCUCGUGUUGAGGUGAUGUUAUAUUGUUUGUGGCUCACGCGUUAUAAAGGCUUUGCUUCUGCGCUUUGCCACUAGGAGCGUGUCAACUCUCAAGUCAGUAGAAUUUAGUGGGGCCAGAAUUCCGUAUCGCAUACUUCCAAAUGAAAGGGGAAUUGAAUUAUUUUUAAAUCUUGUAAGACAAUAUCAACUAAAAAUACUCCAGAUGAAAAGACUCGACCAUCCGAUCUUCCUCAAGCUACACACACAACAUCGCCGAAUAAUUUUGUGUCACAAGAACGAAAAGUUGUCCUUCUAAAGUUUCUCUUUCACGCUGUGGUUUCCAUAGCAACAGCUCAGUAGAGGAACGUUUCUAGUUCUAGUUUCGUUCUUUUUUUCAGAUAUGCCCCGUCCGGCAAAAUUAUUUUUCAUCUCAAGCCUUUUCAUACUCUUCCUUUCUUGUGCGUCCUUGGGUAAACGUAGUUCACAACAACGCAAAACUCGAAGUCUCACUGUUUAGAGGUACCUUUCGUUUUUCAGACACUAAUUCCGCAGCCGUAUUUAGCCUCGAAUAAUUGUUUCUUAUUUCAACUAGCACGUGACUGCCACUGCAAAUUUUAUGCUCAAGAAGCAUCCUUGUAGAAGUCUGGAAUGCAUAUACAUAUAGGUUUUGAAAUAUAGGGACGGUGCCCGAACGGAGAAAGGCCAUACGGCUUACUUUCUCGUUGCACUAACCUUAAAGUAUUUCCUACGUUCCUGGGACGAAAGUGCUCUUCGGCAAUGAAAUUUGUGAGCGCAGUACUCUUGGUGGCUCAACUUUCUCGGCAAGUGCUUCUCAACCAAGAGUGCGUCGAAAUGUAAAUAGUGCGCUGAUUGCGAGUAAUACCUUUUUUUUACUUUUAUGAAUGAUAAAAAUGGCAACGUGCCCUGCGGUUAGAGCCUUUCGCCAAAAGGCAUGUUCAGCCUGGUUCAAUAUGACAGAGAACACGUUACGUACGUAACAAAAAGAGAAGGCAAAAAAAACUUUAUUUAGCAGUUGGUUGCUGAAUGCAAUCGCGUAUUGCUUAAUUGUCGUCUGUGGGGUGAGUCGCAAAUAUGGCUACAAGUUAUGGCUAAUGCUGCUUUUAUUAGUUUUUAUUCAUAGCGUUGUAAAAGUUGGCGCCCGGAGCUUGGAGUUGCUGCGUACAUUAAGUACGCCACUGGUCUCUGUGUCAAGAUUUCAAUGUGUCUCUGAGUAGAAAAUUAUCAGAUUGCUGCUGACGUGUAGAGUAGUUGACGUGCUAAAACGACCAGAAAGCUGUCAGGUCCACAGAAUGCAAUUUUCGGAUAACAUUACUUUCUUCAGCCAUACCACUCAAAGACAGAUUCAUGCCAUAUACCCGUGACCACGUCUUCAUGGUGUAAUGAACAAAGUUCUUGCGUAGUGAUGGUCGUAAGAGCCAUUAAACAGUGCACAAUUUUCAACAGUCGAGAGAAGGUCUAGUUGAAAUCGCCAUUUUUUAUAUUCGGGAUUGAAUAGAUGGGCUUUGUUUUCGGUAGGUGCAAUACUCGGUGCAAUGUUACGUGUCAAACAUGUAGCUAUACUGCUGACUCACCCCGCAGGUGUAGCCGGAAUUUGCGCGAGUAUUUCUCCGCCGGAAUGCCAGUUGUUCCCUGCCACAUUGAACCCAACCGUAGCCGAGACUUGCAUGCAGGGUUGCUCGAACAAACUAGCCAGCACGUAGAUAAUUUCUUGGUCUAAUUUCAUGCAACGUUGGUCUUUGUGAAAGCAAACUGAACUGAGCAGCGCGGUUGUUGACCUCACCGUCUGGUAUAAUACGUUCGAUCAUUCGCCUGCAGGAAUGUUUGUUCUUUCCGAGCAAGAUUCAAAGUUGCGACAUUUCUUGAGGCUGUCCGGUGGUGCCAGUGCGUUCAAGCAAUCGCACCCAAUUCUUGUACACGGCGUAUUCAAUCUUUAGCGGUGUCUUGCUGGCUUGAAAUAAUAAACGAUGAGAUAGAAGUGGGCGAAUUAGAUUUUCAUAUCCGCACAGUACUUAGCACACGGCAGUGACUCACAAAGCGCAAACAGUGACGGCUCUCUCGAGAGAGCAGCUUAUAAAAGUGUUCAACGUGCACAUUCAGUAGAGUUUCUAAAUGUCCGAAUCAGUAGGAUAAUCUAUGGAACGCCGUCGAACGUAAGCGUACAGCUACGUGAGUUGUGGUUUCAUUUUCUAUGCGACGCCAUUGCAGUACCGGCUAGUAGGAGUGAGGAACAGCGUCGUGCAGGCCGGUUCUUGGACACGCGAUGCGCUGGUUUCGUUAGAAGUCCCAGGGCGUUUCUCCAGCUGUAACACUCUAGCUUCAUGUUCAGAUUUGUGACUUUGGGCGGAGUCGUAGUGAAGCUCGCGAAUUAUUUCGCAGUUUACGGUUGUGCAAGCGCGGGCGAGGGGAGGGGAGAUUACAUUUCAUUUUGUAGGGCAGUCGUCUUACGGUGUUCCGGUAGAUUGUUUUCUGCACAAAGUAUACUCGUCUUCUUGUGAGUAGCCCUUAGCCAUAUAUAGUUUAGUUGUGUAGUCUUAUGCAUGCGGUAGGUUUGAUGCAUUUUUUCAUGACGGACUUCGCGGUGUCACAUCGUCGUAGCAUAAUUUCAUUACGCGUCAUCUUACAAUUACUCAAGGACGGCGGAGAUUGAAACCUUCGAAUCAAUAACUGUGCCAAAAAAACGAAAUCUCUCAUCGACGUUGCGCCAAAUUACGGGACACGCGAACUUGAAAAAGUGGAAACGGGAACAUAACUCGAAAACUGCACACACGUAUGGACACAUGAGCAGAAUCGCGUAGAUAAGGCGUCCGUUUAUAUCGUACAGGUCUUCAUUUGCUCGGCAUCGCACCAGUCUCCAGCAAGGCUAAGCGUGAUGUGUCUAGUUCAACCUUAGGGCUGAGCGUACAGCACUGGCAAGCACCACAACUAUAACCUGCUGCAAUUCCUCUUGGUUCAGCUUUGUGCAACUAAGUGGCGCACCUUGUAUGACUGUAUAUACUUAUGUCCGUUAUUUUCCCGGUGUCCACGUGGUUACGAACAGCUUGAUGUAACCAGGCACGUUGGUACGCAGUAUUUUCGAUCAUUCUGUCAUAAGCAGUUAUACCCCACACUGCAGCUAACCUGGAUAGUUACGGUCACUUUUCUCUUUUUGGGUGCCGAUGUGAGAACUCGUCGCACAAGAAGUUCCAACAGCCUUGCUCUGUACCUUUUAUCUCCUCAAGUCAGCCUUACAACGCUUUACGCUUAGCUAUUGAAAGUGACGAUGGAAAACAUUUUCAAAAUAAUUGUUUACCCUUUUUUGUCAUUUCGUUUCUCCAAGUCUAGUGUAGAUAUUUAAGGGCGUUUAAAUACAAUGUACUUAAAUAUGUUAUAUUUUAGUUGACUAUCAAUUCACAAGAUUUAGGAUGCGUUUGUCUCUUUCUUACGUUCGUUAAAUGGACAUUGGGUUCAUACCGAUAACGUAGAACUCACCGAAUGAUGUCCGGUGAUGAAUUUUACGUAGAACCAUUUGAGAUGUCUCACAGCAUAUGGAAGGUCAUACGAUUCGCCUUAUACUCACGCGUGCGUAAGAUACAGAUAAACUGCCGUAUAAAUUCUACAGACCUCACGCUGCCAUGUUGUAUAUCUUCAAUUAUUGUUUGCAAAUUUGAAAUAGUAUGAGAAGUAUCGUUCAAAUCCAAAAAGCUUUGCUUUUUGGCAUCUGUCCUAAAAGCGACAAACCCUGCUACUCAGUGAAUAUGAAGUGGGUCAGCAGUGUUCGUGUAGGUCUUUGUGCAACAAUUUGUCAAACAUCCCUGAAACUGAAAUACUCGGAACGAAAAAUCCUUAAGUGCAUGUCAUUUCUCGAUAUUAAGAUUAUUCAUCUGCAUCUCUGUGAGCAUUAUCGUUAUUUUAGUGCAGCGAUCAACCUUGCAAGGCAGACUUCUUUUUCUGUCUUCGCCACGGUAUAUACUCGUAGCUUGCACGUCAGUCUUUCCGACGCUGGGGAGAUCAGCUUUUAGCAGACCGAAGCCAUUAACGAAUGAUUUAUUGCUCAAGUCUUACAGGAGGUGCUGCGCGAAUAACAACCUGUGUAGUAUCCAUCUUUUUUCCCUUCCGAGCAUAUCAACACGACAUUUACUCACAAAGAAAUUAUAAAAAAAACGACAUAUGCCAAGUAUUUAUCCGCGAUGUUUGAUGUUUGAACCGUAACAGGAUUAUAUACAUUCCAGUGCCACAGCUUCUGUGUCAAAAGGUUGUGAGACUGAACUCUUUUUGUCUUCGGUUUUAAUAUAAAUGCACUUAUUCUAGCUUUGUCAUUAGAUGGCCCGAAGGAAAAACUCCCCAAGAAAUUUAGACGGCGUUUUAUUCUUCUUGGUUUUGAUGGAACAGAUGUGAUAUUUCUUGCCGCCAUUCGAUUGAAAUUCAGUUACCCCGUACGCCCAUUUCCUGCAUGACACAACCAAGAAACUGCUUCUAGGAAAGUUUAACUAUAGAAGCGAAUGCGUACAUAAAGGCUUCCAGGUGGAAUGUGCAGUAUAUACUCGCAGAUAUAACUUUACACUAACAGCGCCGUUUUAUUUGUACGAAGCUCUACGUCUGGGUGUUUCGUUAUAGCCGACAGAUUCGUCGUACGAGUAAAUCUCUUCCGUUGCAGAGUGCCGGAAUUUAUUUUCGUGAUAGAUGUAUCCACGAGAGUUGCUUCACUCCUGUACCAUGCUCGAUCCAACGUCCACCCUCUCCAGUUACCCCGCGGAAUUUUAGAAUAUUCGUGUAGCAUCGCGAGUGUAUUGUUAUCUCGAGUGUUUUUUUUUCUUCAAAUCCGCAGUAUUUUCUUAUCAGGACUGUUGUGAGUGAGUCGCUUCGGCAAAGAAAGCUAGCGCGUAGCUCCCACACGAAGCACCUGUGUGACGUCACUGUCACCUGACACUUAUCGCGCUACCUGUCGUCGUAUAUCGUUGUGUGCACUAUCGGAACCGUGCGCUAGAUAAAAAGAAUGAUAAGAAAAUGCUUUCAGUGUGUAUGCGUGUUUUGUAUGCCUCUCUCAGGCCUUCGAAAUGUAUUUCUUAUCAGAGUUAAUUAUUGAUUAGCGUCCUAUGUAUGUGGCGUAAGCUGCCGAGGAGUCCACGGAGUGUCACAACCAGGGGGAUCGCAGAAAUACAUUUUGAAGUGUUUUAAUUGUGAGGUUAUAGAGUCGUGCUCGAUGAAUUGAAACUACUCGUUUGUACUGAAGCUUCCAUAGACACGAAAUUUUUCAUUGACUAAAUUGUUUCAUUGAAACAGGAGCCACAUUGGCAACAUUUUUCAUUUCAAAAGAAGUACUGAACAUACCUCACAGAAUGUCAAGAUGCUUCUUCUUGAUGUAUUUUCAAUAUAUUCCUAUCUGCGCGACUUGUGUGGUAGCCCCGUGAAUUAAUAUUUCGCUAAAACAGACGUUACAUUGGCCACUUUUUUUUCCUGUAAAGUAAAAGAAAUAUUGAGACUAUAUUGGGCCCAGCAAUACAGCCUUUUCCUGAGUGUUUUUCUGUGUAUUCUUAUGGUUGUUUAAUUUUGCUAUUGUUUAUUCCGCUAUAUUUGCAAAUUCAUUAGGCCGUGCUUGCACAUAGCUACAAGUUGCCUUUUUAUUCUUUUUUGUAUAUGGUUGGCGGGCCUUAAUCAGACGUUAAUUCAAACCUUUUGUCCGGCUUCUUUGGUUUCUGAUGCAUGGCGAACCAGUAUACAAUUAAUUAAAUGUAUAUGACCCAGUAUAUCCUUGUUUAGCGGCUUUGUUGAUUAAUGACUAUACUGGGGCUUCUUUUUAAAUCAAAUUACAUUGUUUUCUUAUUUACCCACUUUUUAAAUUAUUUAUUUGAGGAUUGUCAACUACGGUAAUUAGGAGAAUAUUAUUUCAGUGGUAGGACGUCAACGCACCACUGGUUUAAGUAUCGAGUUUUAUGUUUUUUUCAUUCGUCUUACGUUCUACGCGUGCUUCCUUUGACGUCAUCUGGUGCUUGGUUAAAAACGUGAAGUUAAUGCGCCCUACAAUUACAAACACUUCGAUUACCCUGUGCUGCUUGGGUUCUGUGACUGCUGCUGGCCUCUUUGGCAGCUAACUACCCCUACUAACCCGUAAUUUGCCAUAACUAUUACUGUGCGCAGUGUAGUAUCUCAGUUACAUUAACUUCCAGUUUCGGUGGUAACGACGCCUGCUGUACCAGUCUCUUUAAAAAAAAUGGGAUCUAGGGGAAACACAGGUAAAAAUCCUGUGUUAGUUGUUGUACAUAUAUUUAUUCUAUCCUCUUUCACUGAGCACACGAGCAAAAAAAAAAAAAACAUUCGUCGUGCGGUGUUUGUGAGUUGGGAAAACCGGGUCUAGAACAGCACGAAUGCUCGACUACGUCUCUGCAAAUCAGCUCUGGUUUGCUGUCACAGAAAAGUUCGGUGUCACAGAUAAGCUCCGUGUCGUGUUUUGCAAACGACGGAAUACUAACGCUUUUUAUUGUAAAAAAAAAAAAGAAAGCACCACUUUCGUCAAAGUGCGACGGGGGGAAGGGUACGGGGAAGUGUCGAGAGUUGAACUGGUGUCGGAUGCUGCAGUAUAUAUUUGACAAAAGCAUGCUCACUUUGUCUGGUGAAAGAAACAAAAUGUGUUCACGACUUUUUACGAAGAGCUUUGACAUGGUUGUUGAUGUUUUCUUUCUUAUUCUUCUGUACAUAACUACUAGUAUUGAAACGACGACGGUACACAACAAUAUAAUGAUACACCUAAACUUCGAUAUCAUAUUUAUUGUCGCGUUGUCUAUCGAGACCCCGCUCCCGACGUAGAUGAAGUUGAAUGUAUUCGAAACGGCCACAGAUGCACUGAUACUCACGUGUAGGCAUUUCUUUUUUUCGUGCAACACAAACUUUAGCGCUUUAGCAGCUGUCAGCAGGGUUUUAUGCGCAGUUCUUAAAAAACUAAAAAUUUACGCGGUAUUUGUGCUUAGGUGCGAUAUGUAUUUGAUUUUGUUCGUAACACUGCAAUACUUUAGCGCCGUCGCAUUGAAUUAAACCUGAACGGAACAUGCGGCCGCCAUAUCUGAAGCGUGAUUGGCUGCGCGUUCUCAAAGAAACCUGCAGGGUUAUUGCUUAGUUGCGUGUACCUAAAAUUGAAACAGUGACGAAAUGGAACGGAAGGUAAAAAGGGACGACACACCGUACAGAUGUCCGAGACGUUGCACAGUACAGACGACAAGCAGUGCAGACGACACAUGUUGCAGACGUCGUAAUCUGGACAACACACAGGGCUGUUUGUCGUCUGCUUCUUCUUUCCCUCCUGUUUCUCCGCUGUUGAAACCAACGCGAAACGAUUGCCACCGAGAUUAUGCGCGAUGCGGCAUGUUACAUCACCUGACAGCGCGAGCGCUUAGAGUAGUUUCGUGUGGGAGGCUGCUUGAAGACUAUUUUUUGAGAGCGCCAUCUUGGAAACCCAAAUUAUCUGCAUUUUGCCUCGAGACCAGACAUGGCGGCGCUGCUGUCGAGUUUGGAGUGUUCCGUUCCUCACGCUCCGAUCUUCAAUUUGUGGCUCGAAAAUGCACGAGACGUUUUGCUCGUUGACCAAAGAAAAACUUGACUGCGCAUAACAAACCUGACGACGGACGCUAGAGUCACGCCACCGGUAUAUUUCUUCAACGGUGUUAGAAGGGUUGCACCUAAGCGACAACAGCUCAAACUGCGUCGUUCCGCUCUGGAUGUGCAAAAUGUUCGUGACGCACUGUGCUUGCUAUGGCAUCGUCACCAAACCGUUGUUUACUGUUUACUGUGUGUUUUAUCACUGUGCGCGCAAUGACAAAUGCGGUAGGGGGCGCUUAUGUCGAACGCUUGUGCGAGGCCAGGUCACGCUUCGUUGGUGGCUGUACGUACUAGCAGCAUAAAUUCAAACGUGAAUGAUUCCGAAACUACUAUUAAUGCGGUGUUCCGUUUCCACUUUCACCUGCAUUUGUAACAGUCGCUUAAUUCUGGCACUUAAACGUACAAGAGUUGGAACUACUUUAUGCUUAGGAAAAGACUACAGAGCGAUUACACCUAACAUGCGUUCUGAUCAGUUAUUCUCAGUUGGCGUUUCAAUUUAUGCCUAUGGUACGUGGAUACUAACAAGCUGCGUUCUUCGGGACCGGUUUGAACGAGUGAAGCCUCUCCCGGAAGACUUUAUGCAAUCUUGCUCAGUGUGCGGCUGUGGGUAUACUUGCAGUUGGCUUUGUUUGUAGGAGGAGUGUUUAUCAUCCAAUGAAAAGCUGUUGGCCAACGAUCUUAUUAUGCAGGUUUAUCCUUUGUUCGAUUGUCCUUGUGUCUCUUACGCCAGUUUUACGUACAGUCGGCGUCAGAAUUUUGCGGGCGCAAGAUCAGAGAAAACGAAUUCCAGUGCAGUUUGGGACCGUACAACACCAUGGUGUUGGCAUAUACUAGUACAGGCUCGAGGUCUGAAUAACAGGUCACAUGCCCAGGCUGCUGAAAUAUCCAGCUUUUUUUGCUCUCGGAUCACGUGAUCCGUAUACUUUUGACGCCGGUUGUAAAUUCGCAACUAUACCUUAAGUUAUUGCGCCAUAGAUACUUAAUCUAUUUUUAACAAGUCGCUGUUUAUUAUGAUUUCGAAUUUUUUUUUUUGUCUUUUCAAUCUUUUUUAGACUUUCGUGCGUAGUAGUGUCUCUUUAUUAUUAUUUCGUUGUAUUAUGUUUGUGGCUUGUUCACAGAGGAAAAAAAGUGUCGCCGAAGCUCAUUGAUAGACGGUCACGUGUAGCAUGUGGGAAGGUUUUGGCAUUGCAUUGCUAAUCGCUCAGAUUUUCUUGUUUGUUUUUCUUUUGCGAUGUUGUACUGUAGGCAUACCGCGCAUUGUGGUGUCCCUAGUGUUCUAGAACUGUCACGUAGUGCGCUAUCUACGCUUGCUCUUAUCGUGUAGGCGCAGAACAGUGCAUCGAAGUGUUACGUCUGCGCAUGCUUACUGCGCAGAAAAGGCGUCAAACAUGAUGGCCUCGUCAGUGUCCACAGCAGAGUCGCAGCGCUGUAGAUCGGUCACACGUCGAUCCUAACGACACUGUCGCAAAGUUCAGUAACAGGCGAUAAUUUUUUAGUGGGAACACACCCACUAAAUAUUUCUUAUGCUAGAUAGCGCAUUUACAUCACAGAAGCCGGAUUGCUUCAACAGGCGGACAUUACUUAUUGCAGGGUGAGGUUAUCUGAUUGGCAAAGCUUCACUGAACAACUUUGCUAUUCGUAUACACUUUAGUGAAAACGUUCCAUUUACGCAAAAUUGAUAUCGAGAAGUGAUGAAGUAACAUCCUUUUAGCAGAAAGCAUGUGCUUAUCACCAAUUUCGAGAAACAUGUCCUAAAUUUCUCUGGUUAAAUGCAUUGAUAAUCCAGAUCGCACUUACCAUCAGUGCAUUUUCAGCAGCGACACUGAAAAGCGAAAGAUCACAAUGUUGCGAUCUCAUGCACAGCCUCUGUCGAAAGGAACGUAAGGGCACGAGUGUGUCUGAUUCCCGGUCGCGUCUUCGCGUAGCACUCAUGAAAUUCAUGGCGCUUGAUAGUUUCGAUGGGUGAGGAAAAAAGAUGUUCUACACUUGCUUCCACAACACUCGUGAGCUUGUGGGAUGCAACAGGACGCUGACCAGACGUCCCGGAAUUGGCUAUGGCCGUGGGUACAGUGGCUUCGUUUCGUUUGACAAGGACUGCGCAUAUUCCCCGUAAGUUAAUUGAUCGAAAUAAAUGGUCGAGUGAAGGCAGUAACACGAGACGCAGUCACCGUAAUUCCGUGUCCACCCUGUGCGAAAACACAUUUCUACGAAGACUUGUUUGCGAAAUCGCAGAUGCUUUCCGUGUAGUCGCGAAUCGGCUCCCUAUACGCUGGCUGUCAGCCUGCAUCGACGUGUAUGUCUGUCACGUUGCUCUGUUUUCAUAGACGUCUCGCCUAGCUACCAACCGAAUCCUCUCUGUCCUAAUUGCCGAGGAGAGAGAUUUGAUAAUUUCCGUACUGUUCUGCGCCUACGCGCAACUGCAGAGCGGCCGGACUCUGGGCCGUCUUGCAGAAAAACGAAACUAUAGCCCCCAUCUUCAAGACAGACGCGCGACGCGGAGGUGGCCUUCUCUCUACAGCCUGUUGCAAAGUGUUUGUUAACAGCCACCGGUCGUAAAGCUAUGUUAUGCGCAUCGACGAGCGUUUCUGGGAGAACUUAUUCCGUCGGGCCAGCUGGUUAUAAGCAUUCGUAUUACUCGCAUUAGAGCGAAGAAACUAAAACUCGCAUAAACACCAACAGUUAAGCGCAAAACACAAGCUCUCGACUGCUAACCGUUUUAUUCCAGUGAACGAUAAAAUGUCACUGCCGUAAUUACUACACAGUGGCCACAGCCAAAGGACACAUCUAAUGAAUUGAUCCUGAUAUUUUUUUUCGUGCACAGAAUAUUUUAUAACAUGACAUAUUUUGGUGUUCGGGAUGAGCUCUCUUUAUGGUAUCAUCGCCGGGAACAGAAUCAGGAAGAGGAGAUUACCAGUAUUAAACAUCCUUGUUAUCGAGCAAAACGUAUGCACGCAAGAUCGCGGCAUGCUGCAUAACUAGUACGGCAGUGAUGUCUAGUGGUUCACGCAUGCGCAGACGUCAUUAGUUGUGGCUGGUAAUUUACCUUUUCACCGCAAUAAAACAGCUGGUAAGUGUUCGCUUGAGUAGUGUAAUUCACCGUGUUCGUUUAAAUGCUUUAUCUUUAACACUCCGAUGGCAGUAAUUCCGGGAGGUUAAUUCACUCGCUCGCGUGGAGACUGGGGCCACCUCCGGCGCAACGUUUCGCGCUUCCAGCAACAGAUGGCAUUUUCAACCGAGCCUCGCAAAACCCCUUAAACUUCGUAAAGUAGCGACACUCUACUCCUCCGCCUUCACUCCUCCUCGUUUCUUCUCCCUGUCACACUCUCUCCUCGACCGUGGCGCCGCCUACACUGCUCGAGCGUAGCAACGGCGCCAACAUUCGCUCCUCGCCACUCCGUAGACGCUUCUCAAGCAAAAUUGGCGCUGAUGCACGGCGCGAGGGCCCACGGGAUGCUAUGAGGUCAAUAGCGACGCGGCGUCGGCCAGAGCGCGCGAGGAGGAGGCGGCAUUCUUUAAAGCGUGGCGCUACUUUACGAAGUAUAAGGGGCUUUACAACUCGAAGAGGAGGCUAUAGUGCAACCGUUUCUCUACACGGCGGCCCCGCUUUGGUUUGAAUGAUUGCUCACAAAUAAUAGGUGGUGCUGCUAUACUGUCGAACUUUUUUUUGUCGCUGCUCGCUCGUACUGGUGCUGUGUAGUCGCGUUCGCUUGGCGAAUGUCUGCUGCGAGCAGGACUGGCUCACUUUCGGAAUGUGUGUCUGAGAGUAGUAAGGUCACACACCAAACCGGAAAUACAACAAACCGGAAAUGCAAUGUGAAGGAGGAGAACGCGCGUUAGCAUUCAGCCAACGGGUACUUACGGGGUCGAAGCUAGAACCUGGCAUCCUUAAUACAUAUACCAAAUAUAUCUUUCCUUUUUUUUCGUCUUGAACGGUCGGCCUCGUCAAACAUCUCUUCUAUAACGUUCGAUAUGAAGGCAAGGUCAGUUUUGUUUCUUGAACGGGAAAUUGUAAUAUUGGCGUGUCACUUAUGAGGAAGCAUGCUCCCCUUUAUGCUGCACCGCCUUUUACACGCGCAAAAGAAAGGGGAAAAAAGGGGAGGUGACAUGCGGGGCGGGCACAGUAACUGCGCAUGCGCUCGAAGUUAAAGCUAGCUGGCGCACCAGGUUUGCAAACUGGGAAAAUUGGGCAAAGGUGUAGACAGGGGUGGGGUGGUGGCUCGAGGACGCGUCCUGUACGUCUCGUUCCCCAAUAAUUUGCGCUGCUUCCUGACACUCUGAACACGCAGAGCCUGGCUUCUUGUAGACUUGUGUGCGCAAAUUGCAGUAACGUCCAAGCCAACGCCAAAUUCUUGGUCAACGCGAAGAAAGCAGUCUAACGCAUCCUCCCAUUUAGUGAAAACGAAAGGAACAGAAAUCUGAAUUGCCGUGCACCACACGGACGAUCACAAAUAAUGUGUCCCUGCUGUAAGGCUAGCAGAUAUUUACAUCGUCGCAUUAAGGAACAAAUAUUGUGUCUCUCUGCUGUGGCGGCUGCAAUGUGGUUUACGUGGCGUAUCAAUGCUUUUACGUCGCUGGUGUCGAUCACGUGGCCGUUCGUAAGUGUGAAAUUGUACAGUAUAUUGUGCAGUUUUCUUCUUUUUUUUCCAAGGAAGCUGCGAAUGUUUCUUUCGAAUUGUUUUUGUUUGUUUGUUCAGUGUCUAUUUUUCUCCCAACUGAAGGAACAACAAGAAACACGCUACAAAAAAAAAGUAAGGACGAGCGCGAAACAAUUGUACACUGCAUGCCAAACAUUGUCACAUGUACUUGCGGGAACGGUGGAAGAAAAAAAAAUGACUGUGUACAAGACCUGUGGUUUGGUGAACAGUUCAACCUAGUCAAGUGAAGAUUUGCACCGUUAUGGAAGAAAAUGGUGUUUUGAUAAUUAUAUAUAUAUAAAUAUAUACUUAAUAAACAGCUUGUGAAAUUUA